AUGAAGGUCUUCUUGCUGCUCCUUUUCUUGGCAGGGCUGGUCCCUGCUGGCUGCAAUGUGAUUCAGUUUGGCUCCAUGAUCAAGCACAAGACAGGGAAGUCACCGCUGGCCUACAACGGUUAUGGCUGCUACUGUGGUGUGGGGGGAUCCAAACAGCCAGUGGACAAGACUGACUGGUGCUGCCAUGCCCACGACUGCUGCUACAGGAAGCUGUCCUCUUCCCGCUGCAAUGCCAAACUGGCCACCUACAAAUACUCCAUCAGUGGAAGCAAGAUAACCUGCAAAUCUGGGAACUGGUGCCAAAAGCAGAGCUGUGAGUGUGACAAGAGGGCAGCAGAGUGCUUCCAAAGGACAGCCAGGACCUACCGCAACUCCUACAAGAACUACCCCAACUCCCGCUGCAAGGGCAAGGCUCCCUCCUGCUAG